AUGGCAGAAGAAGAAGAAAAUUAUCUGUUGCAUUUGGUUGAUGACGAUGAAAAUUCUUCAGAUUCUUCAUUCAGUCGCAGUUUAUCAAAACUAAAGAAAUCAACUACUAAACGUUUAAAACCUUCCUUAAAAUGUGCUAUUUGUGGCGAUGAUGCUUAUGGAUAUAAUUUUGAUGUUGUUUCAUGUGAAUCUUGUAAAGCUUUUUUCCGUCGAAAUGCAUUACGACCACAGGAUAAAUUCAGAUGUCGUGGUAAUGGUCCUUGUGAAGUAACUAUUUCAACAAGAAAACGAUGUAAAAAAUGUCGAAUAGACAAAUGUUUCCAAAAGAGUAUGCGUAAAGAAUGGAUUCUAUCAGAAGAAGAUAAACAAAGAAAAAAACAUAAAAUAGAAGAAAAUCGUCGUCUUAAACAAUCCCAUAAACCUAUUCAACCACGUCGUCGGCGUACUAAAGCUUAUUUCAGAACAGAUGAAACUAGUUCUGGUAAUGAAUCACCUCCUUUAAUAAUACAUGAUGAUACACCUCCUUUAAUAAUACAUGAUGAUACA